CGGCGCGCGCUCGCGGGCUCGCUCCCCGAGAUGUACUGGGCAUGCGCGGCGCGCGGCCGGCUUAGGCGAGCGGGUGAGCGAGCGGGCGGGCAGCUCCAGACUUCCCCGGCGGCGGCAGCGGCGGGCCAGGCGUUCUAGCCGAGCGUGAGGCCAGCGCUGAGCUCGCCCCGGAGACCGCGUCUCCUCGGCCGGGCGCAGACGGCGGCUGGGCGGCUCCCGGAGGAUUGGGAGGGCGCGGUCCGAGUCGGGGGCUUUCUCCCGGCCGCCUCCCGCCGGGUGUGAGUUCGAGGCGCCUCCGGGGAAGCCGCGGCCCCGAGGGCAGAUCCGAGAUAACCCUUUUUCUACCACUGUACAAUAACUCACAAGCUGCAACCCUUGGACACGCAAUUCCACAAGCAAACUUCAAGUCUUUUGCAAGAACAUUAAAGUCACAAUGAAUGGUCAUAUUUCUAAUCAUCCCAGUGGUUUUCGAAUGUAUCCAUCUCAAAUGAAUGGCUACGGAUCAUCACCCACCUUUUCCAUGGACAGAGAACACAGUUCAAGAACAAGUGCAAAGGCUCUCUAUGAACAAAGGAAGAAUUAUGCACGGGAUAGUGUCAGCAGCGUGUCAGAUAUAUCCCAAUACCAUGUUGAACACUUGACUACCUUUGUUCUGGAUCGGAAAGAUGCUAUGAUAACUGUUGACGAUGGAAUAAGGAAGCUGAAAUUGCUUGAUGCCAAGGGCAAAAUAUGGACUCAAGAUAUGAUUCUUCAAGUGGACGAGAGAGCUGUGAGCCUGAUUGAUUUAGAAUCAAAGAAUGAACUGGAGAAUUUUCCUUUGAACACAAUCCAGCACUGCCAAGCUGUGAUGCACUUGUGUAACUAUGAUUCAAUUCUUGCCCUUGUGUGCAAAGAGUCAACUCAGAACAAGCCUGAUCUUCAUCUUUUCCAGUGUGAUGAGAUUAAGGCAAACCUAAUUAGUGAAGAUAUUGAAAGUGCAAUCAGCGACAGUAAAGGAGGGAAACAGAAGAGGCGGCCUGAUGUCCUGAGGAUGAUUUCCAAAGCAGACCCUGGUAUACCGCCUCCACCCAGAGCUCCCGCCCCUGUGCCUCCUGGAACUGUGACCCAGGUGGAUGUUAGAAGUCGGGUGGCAGCCUGGUCCGCACUGGCAGCUGACCAAGGGGACUUUGAGAAACAAAGGCAUUAUCAUCAGCAGGAAGAAACACCUGAGAUGAUGGCAGCUCGCAUUGACAGAGAUGUGCAAAUCUUAAACCACAUUUUGGAUGACAUUGAAUUUUUUAUCACAAAACUCCAAAAAGCAGCUGAAGCAUUUUCUGAGCUUUCUAAAAGGAAGAAAGCUAAGAAAGGUAAAAAGAAAGGACCAGGAGAGGGUGUUUUAACACUGAGGGCAAAACCUCCACCUCCUGACUCAUUUGUUGACUGUUUCCAAAAGUUUAAACAUGGAUUUAACCUUCUGGCCAAAUUGAAGUCUCACAUCCAGAAUCCUAGUGCUGCAGAUUUGGUUCAUUUUUUAUUUACUCCAUUAAAUAUGGUUGUGCAGGCAACAGGAGGUCCUGAACUAGCCAGUUCAGUACUCAGCCCCCUACUGACAAAGGACACAAUCGAUUUCUUGAGUUAUACUGUCAGUGUCGAUGAGAGACAGCUGUGGGUGUCAUUGGGAGACUCGUGGAUGAAAGCCAGAGCAGAGUGGCCAAAAGAACAGUUUAUCCCACCCUAUGUCCCACGGUUCCGCAGUGGUUGGGAGCCCCCGAUGCUGAACUUCAUGGGAGCAUCAGUGGAGCCGGAUCUCUAUCAACUGACUGAGUCUGUGGCAAACGCAGCAGAACAGCAUCGCAAGCAAGAAACAAAAAGAUUAUCCACAGAGCACUCCAGUGUAUCAGAGUAUCCUCCAGCUGAUGGGUACACAGUAUUCAAUAACAUUUAUGGAAGAGGGCCCCAUGUGGACCAAGGGGAAGCCGCUGUUGCUUUUAAGCCAACUCCUCAUCGCCAUGUAGAUAGAAAUUAUGAUCUACAACCCAAGAAAUAUGCCAAAUCCAGGUAUGACUUUGUGGCAAGGAACAACAGUGAGCUCUCAGUUCAAAAGGAUGAUAUUUUAGAGAUCCUUGACGAUAGGAAGCAAUGGUGGAAAGUUCGAAAUGCAAGUGGAGAUUCUGGAUUUGUGCCAAACAACAUUUUGGAUAUCGUGAGGCCUCCAGAGUCUGGAUUAGGGCGUGCUGACCCACCUUACACGCAUACCAUACAGAAACAGAGGAUGGAGUAUGGUCCAAGAGCAACUGACAUUCCCUCUGCGCCAUCACCUCCUCCAACACCAGCUCCUGUUCCUGUUCCCCUCCCACCUUCUGCUUCAGCACCUCUUCCUGUGUCAAAGGUCCCAGCAAAUGUAACCCGUCAGAACAGCAGCUCCAGUGACAGUGGUGGCAGUAUUGUGCGAGAUAGCCAACGACAAAAACAAGUUCCUGCGGACCGAAGGAAAUCUCAGAUGGAGGAAGUGCAGGAUGAACUCAUCCACAGACUGACCAUUGGUCGGAGCGCCGCCCAGAAGAAGUUCCACGUGCCACGGCAGAAUGUGCCAGUUGUCAAUAUCACUUAUGACUCCACCCCAGAGGAUGUGAAGACAUGGUUGCAGUCAAAGGGGUUCAGCCCUGUAACUGUCAAUAGUCUUGGAGUAUUAAAUGGUGCACAACUUUUCUCUCUCAAUAAAGAUGAACUGAGAACCGUCUGCCCUGAAGGGGCCAGAGUCUUUAGCCAAAUCACUGUACAGAAAGCUGCAUUAGAGGAUAACAACGGCAGCUCUGAGUUGCAAGAAAUCAUGCGAAGACGGCAGGAAAAAAUCAGUGCUGCUGCUAGCGAUUCAGGAGUGGAAUCUUUUGAUGAGGGAAGCAGUCACUAAUUAGUUUUUAAACUCCAUUAUUCUUGGCAUUAUUCCAACGUGCUUUGUUUUAAGAAGCCAUGAAGGGAAUGUCAGAUUCUUAUUUCUUGGUAUACAGAAUUUAUCGCCAUAAAGAAACAAUGCAAACAUAAGUAAGCAGAGGACUUGCUUCUGGGCCCGUUAUUUUUAUUAAAAUGAAAAAAUUUUAAACAGAAUUUCUCACCUUGGGAAAUAUUUUUUUCUACUUUACCGAGGUGAGGUUUCCUUUAUUGGAUUAAUUAUUUCAUCCCCAUCUCAAUGCCUAAGCAGACUUUUUUUUUUUUUUGACAGUGGUGGGUUUAUUUAUUGCAACAAAACAGAGAUAUUGCCCAUGAUUCAAAAUCUAAACAAUUUCAGUUUUGCCUGUGACUAUGGUAUGUAUCAUCCAGGGUGUAGCUUACUUUAGGCUAGCCUCUGCUUACUUAGGUCUCUUCUUCAACAUACUCAAUAACAGAAUAUUUAGCUUUAUUUAAAGUUCUUAAUGCCAACAGUUUUUAAAAAAGAUUAAAACAUUUAAUGAACUGUAAAAUACAGCAAGGCCUUGGACAUACAAAUAGAAACCUUUGGAGCAUUCCCGAGACAUUUUAUCUGUCAUGGCUCUGUUGAUCACAAUUCCUUGUAUAGCUUGUAUUUUGAUUUAGUUUAUAUUCUACUUAUUAUCUAUACUGUGUUCUUAUAUAUGAGAAAGCACAAGUGUAAAAGAGGUCAUAUACAUUCAAAAUCUGUCACAGGAAAUAGCCUGCAUUGGUGUGUGUUACAGUAUUCUGCUUAAUGAAGGCCUCAGUUCUGAAUAUUGAUAUAAGUAGUUAAAAGCAAAUUGGGGCCAUUUUAUGAGUUUAUCUGUGUCAAGUUUUUCUGGUAAUAAGAAAUAAUAUACACAUAUUUUAAUCCUGUGAAAGAUUCUAGGUAGAGAAAAGAAAGAGACUUAACCUUCAACAAAUGUUAUUUUUGAAAACAUGAUUUUGUCAUUAAAUGUUAUAUUAUUUCACAUAUAUAAAACAGAUGUUAUGUAAGAAUGUUGUAUAUUUUAACAUAAAUCCAUUUAGAGAGAUUAUCUAGAUUCAUUAAUUUUCAUAGUGCCUUUUUCACAUGAGUCAGCUGGAAAGUCUGCAAUAAAGAGUAUUUGCCAUACAUUAAUAAA